AUGUUUGCCAACUUCAGAGUCACGGAGAAUGGGUUGAGUUCGACGAAAGCCACUAUUCGACAUCACCGCUCCAGCACAGGCUGCUAUGCAUGUCGCCAGAGCAAGAAGAAGUGUGACGAAGCAAAACCCAUUUGUGGGAGAUGCCGGAGACAUCCUUCUAUUGAAUGUCUCUGGGACGCGAGAUUCUCUCGACGAUCGCUCGAUAAAAAGAACGUUGCAAUCACAGCUCCGAUCCCUCCAUCACCACAAGUCAGUUUACGCGACUACCUACAUGGGUCCAAUGCAUUACAAUCACAAAGAUCCGAUGCGCAAUCUCGGCAGCUUGAACUCCUUUUGUCCACCUUCAACCAUGUUCACUCGAUGUCGUACGUCGACCCACGCAUCUCGCCUUUAUCUUUGGGAAUCACACAUGCCAUCCAAAAUCCAGCGCUGAUGCACGCUUAUGCCGCUUGCGGAGCAGCGAUAUUAUCUGGGAGCGACCCAUCUUAUGUGCGAGUGAGUCUGAGCCACUACGUAAAUGCCACUCGCCUAGUAUCUGGUGCUAUUGAGAAAAUGGACGAUCGAGCCGCUGCAAACGACGAGUGGGUUCUGGCUUCAAUCAAUGCUUUACAUAUAUUCGAGACCCUCCGAAAAGACCAAAAUUGUCCCAAUACCGUACAUCUCGCAGGAGCACGCCACUUGUAUCACAGAGUCACUCACCAACGUAUACCCGAAACACUCUUUCUCCGCUUGGCUGUUCAAGAAUUCAUCUUCCAGCUCGCAAUCUCCAGCACAUUCGACCCAUCCUGUUUUCAAGGAGAACAACCAUAUCUGGAAGUCCAUAAUCUUCUUCGCUUAAUGGGUGGGACAGACUGUGGCGACAAUAUACCGAUGAUUUGGAAAGAAUCGUCUCCAUUGGGCGUAGCACAUGUUAUGUUCGACUAUAUUUUCCGACUUUCCUAUCUGCGUCUGAACACACCUUUGAGCGGAUGGCAAUUGAUCGAGGCAGAAACAAUACUGGCACGGCUGCAGUCAUGGCAGUCAAUGCCAUCAAUCUCUGACGGAAAUCGUUCCAGAAGACUUUGUCCCCCUUCCGAGAUGAUUCUUAUGGCCGAUCUAUACCGUGUUGCUUGCUUGAUCUUUGUGCACAAGAUCCUGGAUACCACUCUGAAGUCGGAGGAAGCUCUUAUCCGUAGAUACACGCGGCAAGGGGUCGACAUGCUCAAUGGUAUCCCUAACCUGAAGCUGAAGGACACCACGACGUUGAUUUGGCCUAUUUUCGUUCUGGGUAUAGCCGCGACUACACCUCAGGAAAGAGAAUCGUGCCGACGACCUUUACGCUAUCUUCAUUCUAUCUGUGGCAUCGGAUGUGUUCGGGCUGUCUUAAACCUGUUAGACAAGGUAUGGGGCCCUCCGUUCGCCGCAGAUGGUGAAAGUUUAGGUCUGGAUGUACUUUUCAGGGAUGACCUUUUGCGCGAGGUCCUCUUCUGA